AUGUCGAGUCCAGACUUCAAUGCUGUGUUUCCGCCAGGGACAAUCAAACUUGAAGAACGGCAAGGACUGGUGUCUGAAUUUAAACUGAGUCCCACUCCUUCCAGUGAUCCUGAUGACCCUUUGAACUGGUCCCCGUUCAGGAAGGCCGUCAACUUUGGGCUCACUUGCUCAUAUGUUCUCUUCACCUUUGUCCUCGCAAGUGGGUCGAAUUUUGCCGGACUUGCCAUUGGAUGCCUGUUGUUUAUCCCCUGCGUCCACAAGUUUGGCCGUCGUCCCAUUUACUUGCUCAGUGCGAUCGUACAGCUUGCUUGUGCUAUCUGGUGGGCAAACUUUCACAAGGCCGGGGAACUCAUCGGUGUCAGUCUGCUGGCUGGACUCGCUGGCUCCAUCAGCGAGGCCGUGGUCAUGAUCACUAUUGUCGACCUCUUCUUUGUCCAUCAACAUGCUCGUAUGAAUGGCAUCUUUCUGUUUAUGCAGAGCCUGGCGUCCACAGGGGGCCCGAUUGCUGCUGGGUAUAUUAUUGAGUCGAUGGGGUGGCGAUGGAUGUGGUGGAUGAUCUGCAUCUUCCUUGCCGUCAACUUAACCCUCGUACUGCUCUUCUUCGAGGAGUCAAAAUACAUCCCCCUCGUGGUCGGUCAUUCCGAGUCCACUGAUAAUAACCAAGAGGGUGCACCGAAAUAUGAUGUUGACCAGAAGACUGGGGAACCGCGUACCCUCCGAGUAACUACUCGUUCAACGGCAGAUACCCGUCGCAGACGCAAGUCGAUUCGACAACGCCUGGCCUUCGUCACCCGCACAGACAUACCAGUAGCCCAGCACUUCUACCAGCCGCUGCUCAUUCUCUUCUCCUUCCCCGCUGUCACCUACACGGCCAUCACAUACGGCACGAUCCUGGCCUGGUUUUCGGCCAAUGCUUCGUCAGGCUCUUACUUCCUUUUGGACGAACCUUAUCAAUUCAGCCCGUCUGCAAUUGGCCUAUUCCACCUAGGGGGGUUUUUGGGCACCUUCAUCGCGACGCUGAUCGUUCCAGCUCUGAACGACAGGCUCAUUGUCCGAGCGGCCAAGCAGAAUGGUGGAAUCUUCGAGCCCGAAAUGCGUCUUUGGAUGAGCAUUCCAGGGGCUCUCUUGAACUGCGCCGGCUUGCUAAUUUAUGGUAUUGGACUAGGAAAAGGUCUGCAUUGGGCUCUGCUCGCCGUGGGUCAAGGAAUAUAUGGUUUCGGGUUUAUUACCACAGCUGAUGUGGCCCUGACAUAUCUUACUGACUGCUAUCCUGAUAUUCUUGGUGAUGCGUUGAUUGCUAUUGUUUUCAUCCGGAAUGGGUUUGCAAUGGUGGUUCGCUUUGCCUUCACCCCUUGGAUCACCGGUAUGGGAAUCGAGAAUACAUUCAUUCUCAUCAGCAUGCUGGCCCUGGUCACCGUGACAUUGCCGAUUCUCUUGAUGGUCUAUGGGAAGAGAGCCCGGGCAAGCACGGCCGAGAAGUACCGAAAAUAUGCCGCGCGGCAGCCAGUUCAUCGGCAGAAAUAA